ACGAUGGCGUACAUGAUCUUGCCGAGAAGCUCGGUGAUAGAGCUGGCGGCACGGCCCCAAUAGAUGAUAUCGAGUACGUUAUGGACAAGAUCGAGACAUUGACUGUCCAGGAGUGCAAAGAUAUCAUCGCAGUACUACUCAAAGAUCACGAGUACGACUACAACUUCUCCAACGCCCAGCGCGAGAAGCUUGCAGCUUUGGCUGAGGGGCCCUCGGACGGACAAGAUCCUGAAGAGUGGGAGCUGGAGCUCAAAACCGAGACGGCAAUCAACAAGUUCUACUCGCCGUACCCCGAGGUGCGCGCUAUUACGACGCCGACAGACGACCCUAACAUUCCAUGCGAAACUAUUCGUGCCCAUCUACUUGGCUAUAUGUGGGCGGUCCUCGCCCAGUUCACCAACUCGCUGUUCAACUCGCGUUUCCCAUCAAUCACGCUGACAUCCGCCGUUGCGCAAAUUCUCCUUUACCCAUGCGGCCUGCUCCUUGCUCUGGUGUUGCCAGACUGGGGCUUCACCGUUCGCGGCCAAAGAAUCUCGCUCAACCCAGGCCCGUGGUCGUACAAAGAACAGAUGCUUGCCACAAUCAUUAUUGAUGUUGGACUUACAUCGGCUUAUUGCUUCUGGAAUAUCCAGACUCAGACCGUUUACUACAAGGACAAGUGGCUGACUCCCGGAUAUGGCAUUCUGCUGCUUCUGUCUACACAACUCAUGGGCUUGGGAUUCUCCGGCCUGCUCCGUCGCUUUGUCGUUUACCCAGCAGAGGCUAUCUGGCCCAACAUUCUGCCCACAGUGGCUCUGAACAGAGCAUUGUUGGUCCCCGAAAAGGAGGAAGUCAUUCACGGCUGGCGGAUAUCUCGCUACAAGUUCUUCUUCAUUGUCUUCUGCGCCAUGUUUGUAUACUUUUGGCUUCCAGACUUCAUUUUCCCGGCUCUCAGUUACUUCGCCUGGAUGACGUGGAUCGCACCCAACAACUUCAACCUAAACAUCAUUACUGGCUCUACAGUUGGUCUUGGAUUCAAUCCUAUUUCGACUUUCGACUGGAACGUGAUUUCCACCUACUCCCUCCCGCUUGCGUAUCCAUUCUUUGCAUACUUCCAGCAGUUUCUGGGUACACUUUUGGGCGGACUGAUUAUUAUUGCAUUGUAUUGGUCCAACGUCAAUUGGUCGGCAUACCUUCCUAUCAACUCAUCCGGCAUCUUUGACAAUACUGGCCAAUCGUAUAACAUUACACGAGUUGUCGACCCCAACAAUGGUUUCCUCAAUGAAACUGCCUACCAAGAGUACUCCCCCGCUUUCUACAGCGCUGGAAACUUGCUUCUCUAUGGCGCAUUCUUUGCUUUCUACCCCCUAACAAUGGUCUUCAUCUUGCUUGAUGCUUGGCGACCGCUUCUCAAAGCUUACAAGUCGACGGCAAGGGCCGCCAUUGACUCGAUCAGCAAGACCUUUUCAUCGAUAUACGACGGAUUCGAUGACCCGCUGACACAGCUGAUGCGCAAUUAUCCUGAAGUGCCAGACUGGUGGUUCUUGAUCAUCGCACUGAUUGCGUUCAUCUUUGCCAUCGUCAUUGUAGCCCACUGGCCUCAGCUCAACACACCCGUUUGGACAGUCUUUUUCGUCAUUGGAUUGAACCUGGUGUUCCUUAUUCCAAUGUCCUACCUCUACUCAAUCUCCGGCACAACUGAAGGACUCAACGUUGUCACGGAGUUGAUUGUCGGUUACGCUCUGCCUGGUCACCCCGAGGCCCUGAUGUUCGUCAAGGCCUUUGGAUACAACAUCAAUGGACAAGCUGAUAACUAUAUUUCGGACCAGAAGAUGGGCUUCUACGCCAAGGUACCCCCGCGUGCCAUGUACCGUGGCCAAGUAUUGAGCGCCAUCAUCACUGCCCUUGUUGCAUACGGCGUUGUGCAAUUUGCUGACAACGAUAUUGCUGGCAUUUGUACUCCAGAGCAAGUCUCCAACUUCAACUGUGAAAACGGAUCACAAGUAUAUUUCUCGUCGUCUGUUGUUUGGGGUGCAAUCGGUCCCAAGAGAAUUUUCAGCCAGAUCUAUCCGACCAUGAAAUACACAUUCCUCUUUGGCUUCCUGCUCGCCCUCCUGUGGUGGGGCCUUAAGCGCUUUGGAUCCUACGCUCGCGAGGGAACCAGGGCUCACGUACACCCUUCGCUGGUAAUCAACGGAAUGCUUUUGUGGGCGCCUCUCAACCUCACAUACUUUACUGGCGGCCUUUACUUCUCUCUCGCGUUCAUGUAUUAUCUGAAGAGAUACAAGACCGCGUGGUGGGAAAAGUAUAACUAUGUAUUGGCUGCCGCCCUCACCGGUGGAGUCGCGUUUUCGGGAAUCAUCAUCUUCUUUGCUGUGCAAUAUCACCCGAAGUCUAUUGACUGGUGGGGUGUUAAUGUUCUUGGGGCAACGAUUGAUGGUGGCGCUGGACGUACAGCUCUGCUAACCGAACUGCCUGCAAAGGGCUACUUUGGCCCUGACUCAUGGUUUUAGGUGCAAGGGGAGAAUAACGUGUUUAUGAAGUGAUGAUUUUUCAGGCGAAUUAUGGAGCGGGAAUAGUGGAAUACCAGUCUUUACCUUUGUAUGCUAGCACGAAUACCCAGAUAAUCAGUUACGUUGGAAUUGAGACUCCUAAAGCAAG